CAGCAUACUACUUAUUUACUGCUUUGAGUAUGUACAUAUGUAGCUGUAAAUAGCACUUCCGUUCACUCCAAAUAAUUUUGCCAUACAUACAUAGAAAAUGACAAUAAUCUAUCAUCGAUCCAAUUUAUAAUUUACAGUCUUAUUGGAAGUGUGGAAUACGUAGGAGUGGGCAGUUGGUCAAACGUUUGGCUGCAUCAGUCUCUGUACAUACGAAGCGUGGGAACUAGAGUUAUCUCAGGAAAUCUUUCAGUCAAAAUUUCAGAAACGCAAAUGAGUAUCGUUUGUUGGAUGGCAUCUCGAGAAUUUCGAGAUAAUGCGUAUCUUUGAUACGUGAAAAAUUUUCCAAAUUCCUUCUAAAAGUACUGAGGCUACCUUAUAUCUAUAAUUGUUUCGCAAAUAUUUGAAAUGUGCAGCACCUUCUAAUUUAUUUAUACUAUUAUGUACACAUACAUGUGUUCAUGCAAAAUAUAUGAGAAGCUUACGGCUAUCCCACGCUUCGUUAAUCGUUGGACAGUACAAUUUUCAUGUAGGAUUUAAUUUAAGCUAUAAAUAAAAAUUCUCGUAUUCCUGUUGUGCAUCAAAACCAGUAAUGUACCAGAACCAGAACAAGUCCAGCUUCAGUUUCGGACCCCCCAACAACAUCCUCCACGAACCUGUCACUUCCACCAUUUCCGAUAAAAAGACCAAACUGAUUUAUUUCAACGAGCAACCUCCAAAAGUGAAACGUGACUCGUACCAAAUUACAGUUUCCUCGUCAUCCGAACUUCACAAAGACAGUGACGAUGGCUUGUCGUCAUCAAUUUGGAGAGCAAAUUUCAUCAUAGUUUUCAUUCCUCUUCUCAUAUGGGGAUUUCCCAUUCACUUACUCUUUCGAAAACGGAGAAUUUAUUCCAUGAGAGAUUGGCUCAAGUACUUGUGUCCUUGUUCUUCUCCGCUAUCCUCCAUCCUCACCAUGCUCCUAGUCGUGAUCUCCGUCCUUUUAAACAUUACUGUCAUCUACGCCCUCGGAAAGUUGAUUUAUAUCGUUCUCAUCAAAGCUGUAAUCACGUCUGACGACGUUUUAGACCUGCUUGGAGGUUUGCUCAGAUUGGUCCCCGUAGUCAUUCCACUCGACAUGUUUUGGCUCUGGGGUUACAAACUUCGGAACUUUGUUGGCUCCUUUGACCGUGUUGCCGCACUCUGGAAACCAAUUGAUGGCGACGGAACAGAAUUUGCGCAGAUUGGGACGAGAAGAAUGAAGCUCGCCUUGAUUUACAUCAUGAUAAUUUGUGCCCAUGUCCUACACUACCUCUCAGAUUUCUAUCACGACGAUAAGCCCGACUUAUCCAGCCAAUCAAUAGCUAAUCAAGUAUGGGAAGUAACGAUGGUCUACUCCACAGCUAUUCUUGCCACCUUGGUCCUGCCCAUUUAUUGUUGCUUCUGCUGGGCAGUCCACUACGAGCUUGAGAUGACAAAAGAGUACAUACGGUCAUUGGUUUUGGUCCGAGUCACCCCCAACUACACCCAUUUUGACGAGUUCAAGAAAAUGUCUCGAAAAAUCACUGACGAUAUUUUGAUGAUAAACUCCAUAUUUAGCAUACUCUUCUCAGUCGUCGUGGUCAUUCUGGGGGUGUAUAUUUUUGGAGAAGUUCAGAACUUGGGAAUCAUCAUUGCCAACGAAGCUGUAGCUACAUAUACGGGAAAAUCAAAGGAAGCUUUUGAUCCGGGAACAAUUCGACUAAUUUUUGGGGACAUUUUGAUCAUUCUGCUGUACGUAGGUCUAUUGGGCUUAACGAUAUAUCAGGCGAUUGUGACGAAUGAUGCGAUGCGAGGAUUGCACGUCUGGCUGAAUGACUUUGUCACCGAACCGAAUUCCAGACUCAGUCAAGACCUGCAUGGCAGUUACGAACUUCUCAAGUGGUACAUCCAUUCUCGUCUGGAACAGGAAAAGCCUGCCCUGCUAAACAUACUUAUCACAGCACUUCUCCCACCACUCAAGACAAGGUUGACCCGCUACCAAGUAUACCAUUAGUG